AUGGCCGCAGAGCUUAUUCAGCUUAACCCAGGGCAACAGGUCGAAAGAUGGAGUAUUGAGAAGAAGUUGGGAGAAGGAGGAUUCGGAGCCGUCUAUCGUGUGUUCGAUUCCACCGGAAAAUAUGCGAUGAAAGUGGAAGGGUGUAAUGAGCAAAUUCAGGUUCUCAAGUUGGAAGUGUCUGUGCUCAACGAGUUGUCGAAGCGCGGAAAUCGUCAUUUCUGUAAGAUCGAGGACAAGGGACGCUUCGGAAACUUCAACUACGUCGUGAUGACUCUGGUCGGAAAGUCGUUGCAAGACCUGAACAAGGCGGGACCGGGAGGUCACAUGACAAUGGGUUGCUCGAUUGGAAUCGGAAUUCAAGCACUGGAAUCUUUAGAAGAUCUUCACAACAUUGGAUACCUUCAUCGUGACGUCAAACCAGGAAACUACACGAUUGGACGUCCCGAAUUGAAUGAGAUCCGAAAAGUGUACAUUCUGGAUUUCGGAAUGUGUCGAAAAUUCACUGGAAACGACGGGACCAUCAGAAAGCCACGUCAGGCGGCCGGAUUCCGUGGAACUGUGAAGUACGCGCCGAUCAGUUGUCACUUGCAAAGAGAGUUGUGUCGUAAGGAUGAUUUGGAGACUUGGAUGUACAUGCAGGUCGAGUUGUCUUACGGAAAUCUUCCAUGGGGUCAUCUCUCUGAUAUGAAUCAAGUCGGACAGGCGAAACAGGGAAUUCGCACGAAUCUCGGACAGUUGUUCCCACCGCCGUGUCCACAACAGUUCCAGGAUAUCAUGCGUAUGGUGGAUCAGAUGAAAUACUAUGACGCACCCAACUACCAGGCUCUCUAUGGAAUGAUGCGUUCAGCCUACGCUGCUGUUGGAUCGAGUGAAAGUGCUCCGUACGAUUGGGAGAAUGGAGGACCAGCUGCCUAUUUGCUUCACUAG